UACCGCCAUGUCUUCGAAGCUUCUUUUCCUGCGACUCGCAGCAUACUCUCCCGUCUUCUCCCAUGCCUUGUCAACGCUGAUCAAUGCCCGGCGGAAACAGAUAGUGUGAGCUAACCGCGCUCUCCAGUGGCGAGCAUCGCAUUGCAAAGAUAUCUAGACAUUGAUAUCUGAAAGUCAUAUCUUUCGAAAAUGAUGACCAGCCUGCCUUGGAAGAUAAAUACAUCGACAUAUCCCAACGGUCACAUAGCUGGUUCUCAUCCUUGAUCGCGCCAGCUCAACAUCCAAAGCUCUGCGACUCGGCGAGCCACGCAAGAUGAGCACCGCUUUCCAAAAGUUCCUAGCUCGCGUUGAGGUCAAAGACCACGACGAUGGCAACCUUGGCAAAAACGCGAACUUCGACACCAAACCCCUUGAACCAGCCCGGCGCACAUAUGGGCCAUGGCAGUUUGUGACCCUGUGGGUCAUCACCGGGUCGUUCAACAUCGGCGGCUGGACCACGGGCUCCUCGUUGAUCGCGCUGGGAUUGAACGUCUGGCAAGCUAUGCUCACCGUGAUCAUCGGCAACUGCAUCGUCGGUGUCCUGUGUGUGCUUAGUGGCCACCCGGGCGCCAAAUGGCAUAUCGGCUUCCCCAUCAUCCAGCGAUGUUCCUGGGGCAUUCGGGGAUCAGUCUUCAUCAUCAUCCAGCGAGUGUUCCUGGCGUGCAUCUGGUUCUCGACGCAGGUGUACUGGGGCGGUCAAUGCGUGCGUGUCUUCCUCACCGCGCUCUGGCCGUCGUUUGCUCGCGUCGACACCCCGCUGGCCAACGGUACAAUGACGACCGCCGACCUGACCUCAUUCAUCAUCUUUACCAUUCUCUACCUGCCGCUGACGUGGAUUCGACCCGAGAAAUACAACAUCCCUUUCCUCAUCUCGUGCUCGGUGGUCAUCCCGACCAUUUUUGUCUCCUUGAUCUGGUUCACGGCGACAGCCAAGGGAGCUGGAACAUUGAUUCACGAUGUCUCGGGUCUUACGGGGAUCACUCAGGCCCGCGGCAGUCAGUUGGGCUGGAUGAUGACGUUGGGGAUAUGCACCAACAUCAGCUCCAUUUCCGUCCACAUCUUCGUCCAGUCAGACUAUACCCGCUUUGCUCGGAAGCCGAAGGAUCAGAUCCUGGCGCAGCUGGUCAUGGUCCCUCUGGGCACCAUCGUCGUUUCCCUGAUCGGCAUCAUCUGCACUUCCUGCGCAGCAGAGAUCUUCCCGGAGCAACAAGGUACACUUCUCUGGGCACCCUAUGAUCUAUUUACCGCCCUUCAACAACACUACAACAACUCGUCCCGCUCCCGCGCCGCCGUCGCCUUCGCCAGUCUUUCCUUCCUGGUCGCCCAAUUCGGCAUGGUCGUGGCCAACAACGGCCUGUCUGCGGGCAUGGAUCUAUCAGCGCUAUUCCCACGCUUCUUCACCAUCCGCCGCGGCAUGUGGCUCAUGUCGUGUCUCGCCUUCAUCGUCCAACCAUGGCAACUGCUCAACGGCGCGAGUAAAUUCCUCACUGUGCUGGGCGGCUACGGCGUCUUCCUCGGCCCCAUGACCGGCGUCAUGUUCGCCGACUACUUCUUCCUCCGCGGACGCAAGAUCAAAUUAACCGACCUGUACAAGCCCGACAACCAGAGCAUUUAUUGGUACUGGAAGGGCGUCAACUGGCGGCCCUUUAUCGCCUGGAUCAUGGGCGUUUGGGUCACCGUCCCCGGAUUCGCGCAGUUUGUUCGCUACGGAACGUCAAAGUCGUUGCCAGGCUGGUCGAAUCUGUACAACAUCUCCUAUCCGUUGGGCAUGACGCUGACGAUCCUGAUUUAUCUCGGCUUGAACAAAUUCUUCCCCGUCGCGGGUGUGGGAGUUGUGGAUGAUUACGACUAUUUUGGAACGUUUGGCCCGGCCGAGUCUCCGUCGCUAAGUGGAGAGGAGGUUGUGACAGUGCAGAUCGAAGAGGACUCGAUGAAGGGGUCCAAGCUGGACAAGGAAGCUUGAUAUUUGUCUUGCAAUGCUGGGAGUACAUGUGCGUGAUGAUGCUCGUGUCGAGCAGGGUGAUUGAUA